AUGUCUAUAGAAAAAAAAAUCUUUCCUUUUCAAUUAAUUGAGCCAGGCCAGCAAUUCACAUGGGACAACUCUAGUCUGGAGGUGAACAAACCAAAAAACCGUUAUGCCAACGUCAUCGCCUACGAUCACAGUCGCGUCGUCCUGCAGUCCGAGCACGGCGUUCCGGGCUCGGACUACAUCAACGCCAACUUUUGCGACGGCUACCGGAAGCCAAACGCUUACAUUGCGACGCAAGGACCUUUAGCGGAUACGUUUGCCGCCUUCUGGAGGAUGGUCUGGGAGACGAAGAGCUCCUCCAUUGUGAUGAUGACGAGGCUGGAGGAGAGGGCGAGGAUCAAGUGCGACCAGUACUGGCCCACCAGGGGCUCCGAAACCUACGGUCCCAUCACAGUUGCGGUCAAGGAUACCCAACAUCUGGCCGCCUUCAGCAUCAGAAGCUUUACUUUAACCAAGGUUGGCAGUUCCGAACGGAGAGAAGUGCGCCAGAUGCAAUUCACAGCAUGGCCUGACCACGGAGUACCAGAACAUCCGGCGCCUUUCUUGAUUUUCCUCAAACGAGUCAAAGCCCUGAAUUCGUCUGACGCGGGCCCCAUCAUCGUCCACUGCAGUGCCGGCGUCGGCAGGAUGGGAUGCUUCAUCGUCAUCGACUCCAUGAUCGAGAGAAUGAAACACGAAAAGUCCAUUGACAUUUACGGGCACGUGACAUGUCUCCGAGCUCAACGGAACUACAUGGUCCAGACUGAAGACCAGUAUAUUUUUAUUCACGACGCUCUGCUUGAGCACUUCAUUUGCGGCAACUCUGAAGUUCCCGCCCGAAGUCUGCACUCUCACUUGCAAAAACUGCUCAUAGCUCCAAUCGCACCUGAUCAACCCACAGGAAUGGAGCUUGAAUUUAAGAAAUUAAACAACUUGCUGGCGGACGGGACGCGUUUUGUGACUGCCAACAUGAUGUGCAACAAGCCCAAAAACAGGCUCGUCCACAUUCUGCCUUACGAGGCCACCCGAGUGUGUCUGCAGCCGAUCAGGGGCAUGGAAGGCUCGGACUACAUCAACGCCAGUUUCAUCGACGGAUACAAGUACCGCGCUGCGUACAUUGCGACGCAAGGACCUCUGGCCCACACCUCUGAGGACCUUUGGCGCAUGCUGUGGGAGCACAACUCGACCAUCAUCGUCAUGCUCACCAAACUCAAGGAA